CUCCCCUCCCCCUCCUCCUGCUCUGACUCUCGGAUACGUGGUUCCUUGGCCGCUGCUCCGGGGCUCCCACUGACAAUGCUGCACGGAGCGGCUCCCCCCGGGGCUCAGAGCCCCCCCAGCCCCCCGGAAUCAUGAGGAUCCACGGCAAACUGCUGGCCGCUGUGCUGUGCCUGGGGGGGCUGCUGAUCGUCUACCUCCUCCUGGGUUACCCGGAGCACCACCAGCAGCAGCACCCCAUCAGGUCUCUAGCCCCCUCUGCCCAGAGCAGGGUCCAGCCCAGCACCCCAACACACUUCAGAGGCAUAGAGGAGCACCGAGCCCAGAAAGAGCCCAGGCUGAGGAGGAAGAAGAACAAUGCCAAAGGCAACCCCAACCCUGCCAAAGUUAGAGUUCCCGAGCAAAAACCCAAAGUUUCCGUCCCGGUGGAAUGGAUGCAUCUUGCUGUGGUGGCAUGCGGCGAUCGGGUAGAGGAGACGGUGACCAUGCUGAAGUCUGCCGUGCUCUUCAGUGUGAAGAAGCUGCGAUUUCACAUCUUUGCAGAAGACGAAUUGAAGCCAGAGUUUGAACGCAAGCUCAAGGAAUGGCCCCGUCAGCUAUCCAGGAGGUUUGAAUACAACAUCUAUCCAAUCACGUUUUCGGUCGGCAAUGCUCAGGAAUGGAAGAAAUUAUUCAAGCCCUGCGCAGCUCAGAGACUUUUCCUUCCGGUGAUCCUACAAGACGUGGACUCCUUACUUUACGUAGACACAGAUGUUCUGUUUUUGAGGCCUCUGGAUGACGUCUGGGCCUUCCUGAAAAGAUUCAACGAAAGUCAGUUGGCCGCGAUGGCACCCGAGCAUGAAGUCCCUAAGAUUGGCUGGUACAGUCGCUUCGCUCGUCACCCGUUCUACGGUACAACUGGGGUCAACUCGGGGGUCAUGCUCAUGAAUCUGACUCGCAUCAGGAAGCAGCAGUUCAAGAACAAUAUGAUCCCAGCUGGAUUGACCUGGGAAGAGAUGCUGCACCCACUGUACCAAAAAUACAAAAACUACAUCACAUGGGGAGAUCAGGACUUGCUAAACAUUAUUUUCUCCUUCAACCCAGAGAACCUGUAUGUAUUCCCAUGCCAGUGGAAUUACAGGCCGGACCACUGCAUGUAUGGCAGCAAUUGUAAGUCGGCAGAAGCAGACGGUGUAUCCAUUCUCCAUGGCAAUCGAGGGGUGUACCACGAUGACAAGCAGCCAGCGUUCAAAGCCUUCUAUGAAGUGUUGCGUGAUUACCCAUUUGAUGGAAACCUCUACCAGGAAAUGUACUAUCCGCUCCAGUCCAAAUUCCUAGAGAGCGUCCACACUCUGUGCGGCCGAAUCCCCCAGGUGUUCCUCAAGCAGAUUGAGAUGACGAUGAAGAGAGUAUACGAGAGACGAGUGAUGGUCUACGCCGGGGCGCACGGGAGGGGAUGAGGACUCUGC